AUGGUGGUGAAGCUCUCGAAAGCGGAGAAGAAGGUCCGCUACGACAAGAAGUUGUGCUCGCUUCUGGACGAGUACGGGAAGGUCCUAAUCACCGCCGCCGACAAUGUUGGGUCCAACCAGCUCCAAAGCAUCCGCAGGGGCCUCCGCGGCGACUCCGUCAUCCUCAUGGGCAAGAACACCCUCAUCCGCUGCUGCAUCUGCUUCCACACCGAGAAGACCGGCAACAAGGACUUCCUCAACCUCCUCCCCCUUCUCGUCGGGAAUGUGGGAUUGAUAUUCACAAAGGGUGAUCUUAAGGAAGUUAGCGAGGAGGUUGCCAAGUACAAGGUUGCAUCUUGUUUUUUCUUCUCCAAGGCAUCUAAUGAUUUCUGGAGACAAAUAAGGCUUGAUGAUGAUGAUAACAUUGAAGGUUACUUAUCAUUCUGGUGUCAUGCUGGCAUGCUCAGUAUUUUUGAAGCAACUUCACUUGGGAGAUUUAGAAGAGGUCCUCAAGAUUCUCAGCCAGGAUUAGAGGGAGAACUUCAAAAGAAAAUAUUCAGAUGUCUCCACUUCCAAGCUGAUGAUGAUAUUUAA